AUGAUGCGACCAACAGCAAUUUUAUGGGCGAGGAUAGCAACGCAAAAGUCGCUUCUUCGAGGAAAGAAUGUCUUGACGCUGGAACAUUUCAUGCAAAAGAAGAAGGCGCUGAGCCUCUGGCGCGAAAUCAUGCGCGCCAUCAUCAAAAUUCCAGGUUCGCCGACAAAGAGAGAGAUGCGAGACUAUGCGCGCACCGAGUUCGAGAGACAUAGAGAUGUGCAGGACAUUGGACACAUACGCUACCUCAUCUCGACUGGGCGCACACAGUUCGAUGGCAUGAAGCGAUACAUCAACGAGCAGGUGCUAUGA